AUGACCAUCGAUCGGGCCCUCGGAUUCCCCGAACUUCCUUGGUACCAUGAAGAUUUUCUUUCUCCUAUUACAUCAUGUCCUGAACUUUAUUCUACCUCCGAAUUGUCUUCUUGUCAUCAUCCUUCCCUGCCACUCAUUACUUCUUGUGCUUGGCUGCUUCAUCUAUCGCCGUUCGAGCGUGGCAGCCAUUUUGCUGCUGGUCUUGCCUUGCCAACCGCUGCAUUACAUAUAAAAACCGUCACAAAACUCAAUGCCACAACCUCGAUAGUUGACUCUCGACAGAGCCCGGUUUCAGAUCUUUCCUCUAAGGCAUGGUUCGUCUCUCAAUUGCCCAGUCAGCAUGCCCCACCUGGAAGGAACCAAUAUCAGGCUCAGGCUAACCUGAUUGGCGUUGGACGGAGUAUUUCAAACUUUUACUCAAAGACAACUGCCGCUACGACAAAGUGA